AUGGCGAAGUAUUGUUUAAGAAAACCAAGUAAACGUCAGUCAUGUGCAAAACGCUACAAAAUAGCCAAAAAAGUUAGAGAUCAUAACAGGAAACUGAAAAAAGAAGCGAAAAAAUCUGUCUAUUAUGGGCCAAUUAUUCCAGAAACAAAGAAGUGGAGGGCUAAAAACAAACCAAUAAAUGUCCCAAAUGAUUGUCCAUUCAAGGAAGAGGUUCUGAUGGAAGCUAGGGAAGAACGAGAACGCAUUGAAGCUAAAAAAAUUGAGGAUAAAAAAGUUGCAAAGCUUGCAAAGCAAAAAUGCCUUAAAUUUGCAAGCAUUGGGACAAAACGGAAAUUGGAGGGCUUUUGUGGUGACUUGCAAGAGGUGGUAUCAAAAGCCUCAGAACAGACUGAAGAGAUGGCAAAGCUAGUACGGAAUGAAAGUAUUGAGAAUAUCGCGGAAUUGAAGCAAAAAUUGCUUAAGCAGUACGCAAGUGAGGUUCGGAAAACGAUUGAGUCUGCGGAUAUCAUCAUAGAGGUAUUAGAUGCUCGUGAUCCGUUAGGAAGUCGAAGUAGGAAUAUCGAGGAAGAUAUCUUGAAGUCAGGCAAACGGCUCGUUUUAUUACUAAAUAAGAUAGAUCUUGUGCCGAAAGAAAAUGUCAAGGAAUGGUUAAUCUAUUUGCGUCAGCAGUCACCAACAAUUGCCUUUAAAGCUUCAACUCAAAAACAAAACGACAAUCUGGGGCGUUUUGAGACAUCGAAUUUGCAUUCGUCAAGUUCUAAGUGUGUUGGAGCUGAUCUUGUAAUGAAGUUAUUGUCAAAUUAUUGCAGAAAUAAAAAUAUCAAAGAGUCCGUUCGAGUUGGUGUUAUUGGUUUUCCUAAUGUUGGUAAAAGCAGUUUCAUAAAUAGUCUGAAAAGAAAGCGAGUUUGCAACGUUGGUGCGCUGCCUGGAGUAACUAGGCAGAUGCAGGAAAUUGAUUUGGACAAGCAUAUCCGAUUGUUAGAUUCACCUGGUGUGGUAUUAGAAAUGGAAAGUCAUUUAGAUAAAAGCGAAAUCGCUCUCAAGAAUGCUGUGCGUAUAGAAAAUAUAGCUGAUCCUAUCGCUCCAAUACGAGCAAUUUUGAGACGAUGCUGCAUGAAUAGUCUCAUGAUUCGAUAUAAUAUUCCGCAGUACAGAGGAUGUGAGCAAUUUCUAGCUCUCAUAGCUAACAAAAUUGGUCGAUUGAAGAAAGGCGGUAUUCCAGAUUUGAAAGCUGCAGCACGAAAAAUCCUAACAGACUGGAACAGUGGAAAAUUACGCUAUUUUACGCAGCCUCCAAAAUAUGUUGAUAUGAGUCCCAAGCUGUGUUCAACUGAGUUGCUGAGUGAAAUGUCAAAAGAGUUUGAUUUGAAUGCACUAAAUAAGGAAGUCAAAAAAUUGGUAGAAAGUAUGUUUUUCUUUUUAUCGUUUUGGACAGAGGAUAUCUGCAAUAUAUAUGUAAGUUUAGAGCUACCAACCAGAUGUUCAGUGAAAAGAAGUAUCCAGUAUGAUCCAACAGUACCAGCUGAAGAAGAUGAUGGGCAGAAUUAUGAUGUGAGUAUGGAGGUUGAUGACACAGCAGGAAGAACAUUUAUCUCGGAAGUGAAAAGAAACAAAACACAAGAGAAAGGAGAUACGAAUGAGUAUAGUUUUCCGGAAUCAUUUGCAAUAGAUGGGAAUUCUCAAAUAAAUCGUGCAAUCAAAUUAGCGGUGAAGAAAAAGAAACAAAGGAACAAAAAACUUGAGAAGCGCACCGAGGAAAUGAUCAAUACAAUGACUGCUACAUCACUCUCUGACAAACAAGAAAACUAUAAUUUCGAUACGAUAGAAGACUGA